AUGCCCCAUCAGGACGAAAAAACAUCCAUUCGGAUCGUGAGUGUCGAUUACUACAUGAGCAAACCGGAUCCGCAAUUCGAUAGUUGCUACUCGGAAUUUCGCGGGUCGGAAGUGAAACAGGUUCCGGUGGUGCGUUUGUUUGGGUCCAGCCCUACCGGUACCCAUAGUUGCGUGCACAUUCAUGGUGUUUUGCCUUAUUUCUACAUCCCCUACGAGGGAUCUACCGUGGACAGGCUUACGGUAGACCAACGCAUCUAUCAACUUGCUUCCGCCCUCGACAAAGCAAUCAACAUCUCACUCGGGCAGUCCACUUCGCGGGCUAUGCACGUCUUUAGCAUAACACUGGUGAAAGGAACACCCAUCUACGGUUACCACAAGCAUGAGCAUCACUUUCUCAAGGUUCAUAUGUACAAUCCGCUGUUGAUACGAAAGGCCACACAGUUGCUGAUGAACGGAACCAUCCUUUCAACGACGUUCCAAGUGCACGAAACCCACGUGCCGUACAUUUUACAGUUUUUCAUCGACUAUAACCUGUACGGUAUGAGCUUUAUGCACCUGCAAUCGAAAGGUUUGCGGCAACGGAAAGAAGCGAACUCAUCCAGCAAGCUUGCCGGCGGCACACCGAAAAUGUCAACCUCAGAGUACGAGAUUGAUGCGCUAGCAAGCGCCAUUUUGAAUCGUAAACCGCUCAAAAACGAUUCCUCCGAGUUUGCUAACCCUGGAAUCGCGUCUAUAUGGGCAGACGAACAGGCCCGGCGACGUUUGUGCGGUUUAGAACAACCGGAGAGUUCGAAUCUUUCCCAAAGCAGUGGACUGUGCGAGGUUGUUACAGAGAGCGAUCGCUUUUACCGUGCGCUUCUUGUGUCAAAACUUUCGAAAGGACAACAUUCGAACACAGUAGGCGACGUCGGCAGUCGCAUCAAACCGCCUGUAUCAAGUUAUCCGUCAGAGGUGGCGGAAGGCGAAUCGCUGGUUGACGCAUCGUUCAUAUCGCAUCACUCACACAGUAGCCAUAGCCCGUAUUCGUCGCAGCAGAGCCUUCAAUUGGCCGGCCCCAGUGCAGUGGUGGAUGAAGAAAAGAUCAUCUUUCUGUCGCAGAACCAUUCGGAGGUAACGCUCUGUGAAGAAGAUAUGAAUAUGAUCGAAAUCAUGCGCGAACUGGAGGAAAACGAGAAUCAGCAGUACGAGGGCGAUUGCGUACUGGCCCCGCUAACACAGAGAAGCAGUGGCACCAUUUCGAACAUUUCCCAGGCCCAAAAACGCCUGAACGCGUCGUUGUGCGGAGACUUGGCAGCGGUUUGUUUGAUGGAGGAAGAAAGUGUACCCAACGAGCAGCAGCAGAAUGCCGAAGGCUUCGAUUCGGACGAUGAGUUUCUGCUGGAUUUGACACAAAAGCAGAGCCUGCUGGGGAACGACCUGGAAACAUGUCUUAGCGACAGUGAAGACGAUUCGCUUGGUGGCAGCUUGACGAUUCCCCAGCUGGACGGUGGCGAUGACUCAACUCCGUCUACCAAGUCGGCCAAGCGCACCAAAAAUCCGAAUCACACAGAAACACAAUCUAUCUGUCAGACACCAUCCAAACGGGCCCGUAUGCAUCUUAAUCGUUCGUGCUCAUCUCCAGCGUCUACUCCGCGCCGAGUUUCGUUUGCCAAUCCCAUUUCGGUUGAUGUGGUAUCUGCCAAACGCACCUCGUUAAUAACGCGUUUUGAAGCAUCGUCACCGGUAUCACUCAAACCUUGUGUCAUCAGUGUUCCCAUGCUGGACGUGUCAGGCGCAUCGCCCAAUUCAACGCAGUCUCCUCUUUCGACUCCAAUCCGGAGCACAAUGGUCAAAAACCCGGAUAUCAAACUUAAGAAUGUGUUUGUUCACCUGGAAAAAAUGUCAACAGACACAUAUCAGAACUUCUCGCCCCAAGGGACCCCAGUUGCGAACGAUGCAACGGCGGGCUGUUCUUAUCGGAAACGGAGCCGCAAGCUUGCACUUUCAUUGAGGCCACCGACACCGAAGCGCCCGAAAUACGAACCCCAAAAGAUGGAGCUGAUUUUGUCGGAAAGGUUCCAAAACAUCAUCCGACUGUCGCCGAAGGUGCGGAUUGAGCCGCUCUCGUUGCAACUUGGCUCUCCAACGAGGGCAACAUCGCCAGCGAUGGCCUCCCUUAAAAAGAUCGAGCAGAGUUUGGACCAAACCAGUGAAACUGCUGUUCUAUCCGUGGACAACGAGACUAUGGACGUUGAGGAACAAGGUUCACCGAAGGCUACCGAGCCACUCGAUGCGGUUAGUCCAGCAACAAUGGAGAACGAUAAAGAAGCCGUGGCGGAGACACCGACGCUAAUGGGACAUCAAGUCGAUGGCGUUGGUGCAGGAACGAGCGAAUCCAGCGAUGAUGAACCUCUAGCCUCCCGCAUCCGACUGCCGCCGAAGGUGCAGAUUGAGCCGCUCUCGUUGCAACUUGGCUCUCCAACAAGAGCAACACCGCCAGUGAUGGGCCCACUCGAAAAGAUCGAGCCGAGUUUGGACCAAACCAGUGAAACUGCUGUUCUAUCCGUGGACAACGAGGCUAUGGACGUUGAGGAACAAGGUUCACCGAAGGCUACCGAGCCACUCGAUGCGGUUAGUCCAGCAACAAUGGAGAACGAUAAAGAGGCCGUGGCGGAGACACCGACUCUAAUGGGCCAUCAAGUCGAUGAAGUUGGUGCAGGAACGAGCGAAUCCAGCGAUGAUGAACCUCUUGUCUCCCGCCAGCACGCCACGGCGACCGAGGAGAACGGAGAAGACGAUGAAUCCCCGAAUAUUGUUAGCUUUUGUGAGAGGACUCUUGUGUGCGAACUGGACGACAUCAAUACAGACUCAGAUGAUAGCCUUUCGUGUGUCUAUGUACCGAAAGAGGACGACAAAAUCGUCACGAUCACACCAACUGCACCGCCACCAUCGUUCGAAGAUGCUUCCCGGGCGAUUGAAUCGUUCGAAAUUCCGGCCGUCGUCAAUCGAACCCCCUUCUACAGUGACGCCGCCGAUGUUACCGGCAAAAAGGAGGUAGGCCACACGGUAUUACACAUACCGGGCAACAGUCUGAACGAUAUGGAGGACUUUAGAAGUACCAUCGGUGGGUUGGGGUCGCUGAACAGCUUGCGCUACGAUAACCUGCAGCGUGUCUACGGUGACAGCAUUCACCAAGCGUUGGGCGCCGUACCCAGUAGCGAUCGGAUGAAGGAGCUGCUGUCAUCGGAUGCCACCGUUAGCAUCACCCCGGCCGAGCUUCCUCCAAACCAUCGGGAAGCGGAAUCGUGGGUUGACGCCAGAUGUCGCGGCCGUCUAGGCCCUAUCGGCGAUGCACCGGAAACGGACAGUCCGGUGAAGGUGAAGAAAGCAGAGACAAUCAUGACCGCGAACCUCGAGGGAGGCGGUGAUUCCGAAGUUCUGCUCUCCGCACCGCCGAAGAUCGAUAGCGAUUCGACGUUCAACCUGAGUGUCCUGGUGGCAGGCGAAACUCCCGGUUUGCUGUCGACCACCGCGCACAUCCAAUCUCUUGUGACGAAAAAUAUGUCAAUGAAUACAUUCACCGGCUCACCCGCGGAUAGUGAUAAAUCGUCGGCCACCGGGGGCCAGUUCGUCGGCUACAAGGCUCGUAAACAGCACAACAGUCUCGUACGCAGUCGACUUUUUAAGGCCCAUCAACAAACUUCCGAAAAGUCCGACGGUGACGAAGCAACGGAACCGGAGGAUACAGAGGAGAUGGUCGAUAGCUCGCAGCUCCACGAACAAAUACAAUUGGGCCUCAUCGAAGAGGAAACGCCAAGAACGUCGGACAUCAAGGAAAACUUGUCCACGGAACCGCAAGACCACGACGCCGCGCUUGAUGACGCCAUCGAACCGACGGCAGAUUUUGUGGAGCACAGCAACGCCAACAUUUCGAUGGUCACGCCGGUCAACAACACGUACGGCUUCAAGGUGGACUACGAAAAUUUACAAAAGGCGAAAGCCGGAUGCGAGUACAACUGUCUCACGAUACUGUCGCUUGAGGUGCACGUGCAAACCCGGGGCGAUCUGAGACCAAACCCGAGCACCGAUCCGCUGGCGGCGAUCUUCUAUCGCAUCCACAACGACGUGCCGCCCGACCAUCCGAGGGCAUCGUCGGUGUGCGGGAUCAUUUUGAACCAGGAGCAGACGCCCGCCGCGCCCGACCACCGGGCGGCAAGCUCGUACCGGUACAACCUUUGCCCGACCGUGGCCGACGUGCUGGUGGUGCCGAGUGAGCGCGAUCUGUACGAGAAGUUUCUGCUACUGAUUUCGUUCUGGGAUCCGGACAUUUUCGCCGGAUACGAGAUCGAAAGCGUCUCCUGGGGCUACAUCAUCGAGCGUGGGUACGCCUUGGAGAUGAACCUCAUGAAGAUGCUGUCCCGCGUGCCGACCGCAUCCGAGAAGGUGCACGUGUCGGAGGAAGAGCAACAAGAGCUGCUCGAGAUGCACGAUUACAGUGCGGGUCUGAAGAUUCCCGGGCGCAUCCUGCUGGACAUUUGGCGCCUGAUGCGCCACGAAAUUGCCCUCACGUCGUACACGUUCGAGAACGUGGCCUACCACAUCCUGCACCGGCGCGUACCGUGCCACUCGCACCGGCAACUCACGGGGCUGUGGGUCAAACCGCACAGCCGCUGGAUCGUGCUGGAUUACUAUCUCGAGCGGGUGAACGGAAACUUUGCGAUCCUCAACCAGCUCGAUCUGAUCGGUCGCACGGCCGAGCUGGCCAAACUGUUUGGCAUCCAGUUCUACGAGGUACUGUCGCGUGGGUCUCAGUUCCGCGUCGAAAGCAUGAUGCUGCGGAUCGCGAAACCGCGCAACCUGGUGUCCGUGUCGCCCAGCAUCCAGCAGCGGGCGCAUAUGCGAUCCCCCGAGUACCUUCCGCUGAUCCUCGAGCCACAGUCACGCUUCUACGCCGAUCCGAUGAUCGUGCUGGACUUCCAGAGCCUGUACCCGAGCGUAAUUAUCGCGUACAACUACUGCUUCUCGACAUGUCUGGGCCGCAUCGAGCAUUUGGGAGGAGAGACGUCCGAGUUUGAGUUUGGGGCCACACAUUUGCGCGCACCCCGCCAGAUGGUGCAGAACUUGCUCGACCGGAACCUCGUCAGUUGCUCCCCGUGUGGGGUGGCCUUUGUGAAGAGUGCCGUCCGGGAGGGCGUCCUGCCGCGCAUGUUGAGCGAAAUCCUAAACACCCGGCUGAUGGUGAAAAAGUCGAUGAAACUACACAAGGACAACAGUAUCUUGCAGCGGGUGCUCCACUCGCGCCAGCUGGGCCUGAAACUGAUCGCCAACGUGACGUACGGGUACACGGCGGCCAACUUUAGUGGCCGCAUGCCGUGUGUCGAAAUCGGCGACAGUGUGGUGGCGAAAGGCCGCGAAACACUGGAGCGGGCCAUCAAGCUCGUGGAAGGCACGGAGCGGUGGGGAGCGAAGGUUGUCUACGGCGACACGGACUCACUGUUUGUGCUGUGUCCGGGGCGCACCCGCGAGGAGGCGUUUCGGAUUGGGGAAGAAAUUGCGGCCACCGUGACAGCCGAAAAUCCACCACCGGUCAAGCUGAAGCUGGAGAAGGUCUACCAGCCAGCGAUCCUGCAAACCAAGAAACGCUACGUGGGAUUCAUGUACGAAUCGGCCGAUCAGAAGCAGCCGACGUACGAGGCGAAAGGCAUCGAAACGGUGCGCCGCGAUGGCUGUCCGGUGGUGGCGAAAAUGCUCGAAAAGGUGCUGCGCAUUCUGUUCGAAACGUGCGACGUGUCGAAGGUGAAACAGUACACGUGCCGCCAGUUUGCCAAAAUACUCGAAGGUCGCGUCAACCUGCAGGAUUUCAUCUUCGCCAAGGAGUUCCGCGGAGCGGAUGGCUACAAACCGGGGGCCUGCGUGCCGGCACUCGAACUCUCCAGGAAGUGGAAAUUAACCGAUCCUCGGAGGGAACCUCGCCGGGGUCAGCGUGUACCGUAUGUUAUCGUGAAUGGCCCACCGCUGGUGCCACUCAUCCGCCUUGUGCGCAGUCCGGAUGAAGUGCUGGCCAACGAGGGUCUUAAAAUUAACGCCAACUACUACAUUGUGAAAGCGAUCAUCCCACCGCUUAACCGCUGCCUGCUGUUGAUCGGAGCCGAUGUAAAUCGCUGGUACAACGAUCUGCCGCGAAAAACGUUGAUGCUCCACAAUGCGGCCGGUCCGGCGGAUGCGGCCGGCAAGGCAGUGACCGCCGAGCAGCGAAAGGGCGCGAAGAAGAGCACGAUCUCGCAGUACUUCUCAACCACCAGUUGCGUUGUGGAUUGCGGAAGACAGACACACCAGGGAGUGUGCAAAGACUGUUGCCAACGGCCCCAGUACGCAGUGACUCACCUCAUGAACAAGGUGAACAAACUUGAACGGAAACUGGAACUGACCGAGAAGAUGUGUCGAUCAUGCUGCCAACGGACGUUCGCGACGGGUUGCGUAUCGCUCGACUGUCCGGUAAUGUUUUCCCUCAACCGACGCCACUUGGAACACAAACAGGCACAGCAUUAUGUCGACCUUUUGGAGAAGUUGUACUGAACGGAGUACUGAAAAUGUACUUCAUUAGUCAAUAAGUAGUUAAUUAGCUAGGCGCGAUUUAUUAGUCACUGAUCGUUUGACAUCAACACGUAAAUAGCAUUAAAUAAAAAAAAACAUUU